CGGCUUGUUUUUUGUCACCAAGGUAAGAGGGCUCUAGUGGGGAGGACGACCCGAGAUUUUUUUGUAUUUCUUUUUUGUUGUUUCCGUCACCUCAACAUUCGCCAUGCCACCAAAGAAACAGUCCAAGGCCGAGCAAAAGAAGAAGGUCAAGGUGGCCGAAGAUAAGACCUUUGGCAUGAAAAACAAAAACAAGUCAAAGAAGGUUCAGCAGUACAUUCAACAAGUGAAAGGCCAAGUUAAUGCCAAUAAGGGUCCGUCUGAAAAGCAAAAGAUUGCCGACAAAAAGGCGGCCGAGCAAAAGCGAAAGGAAGAAUUGGCCGAAUUAUUCAAUCCUGUUCAAACCCCACAGAAAGUGCCAUUCGGUACCGAUCCCAAAACGGUGCUUUGUAUCUAUUUUAAACAAGGUCACUGCGAGAAAGGCAGCAAGUGCAAGUUCUCUCAUGAUCUGAACAUUGAACGCAAGGCGCAAAAGAAAGAUCUAUAUACCGAUUCCCGACAGGAGAAGCAGCAAGAUACAAUGGAAACUUGGGAUCAAGAGAAAUUGGAAGAGGUUGUCAAAAGCAAAGCUGGCAAGCAGCCACCAACCGAUAUUGUGUGCAAAUACUUUUUGGAAGCUAUUGAAUCCAACAAGUAUGGUUGGUUCUGGGAAUGUCCUAAUGGAGGAACAACAUGCAAAUACCGUCACGCUUUACCUCCUGGCUUUGUCUUGAAGGCAAAGAACAGUAAAAAGGAAGAAAAGUCCGAGAUCUCAUUGGAAGAAUUUUUGGAUACCGAGCGUCAUAACCUUGGACCGAACCUCACACCGGUUACCUUGGAAUCGUUCAACGAAUGGAAAAAGAACCGUUUGGUCAAGAAGGAUGCCGAUGAAGCUGCGGCUCGUAAAGCUAAGGAAACACGAUGGAAGGCCGGCCGAUCUCAGGGCAUGUCUGGUAGAGAUCUGUUCGACUUUAAUCCUGCAUUGGCUCAGGAGGAAGAUGACGACAUGGACGCUAUUGAUCUGGCCGCUUACGAUCGUGCGGAAACUGAAAGAGAACGCGAACGAUUGGAGCAGGAAAGAUUGAAUAACGGGGUGGCAAACAUGUCUCUGCAGGAUGGAAACACAAAUGUCGCUGUGAAAGAGGAAGUGUUCGCCGAAGAGAAUUUAGACGAUUUGGAUGACGACGACGACGAAUAAAAAAGAAAAGAAAAGAAAAAAUAAAUUUAAAAACCAUCAAAAGUAAUCUACUACAAUAAACAAGAGCAUCAAAUUUUUGAUCUACAG